AUGGAGGACAUGCAAGAAGAAAGUCAAUUUGUUGUAGACCAUGUUAGCAAAAUUAUAAAAGAAGCUAUUGAGGUGUCAAUAGGAGGAAAUGUCUAUUCUCAUGGCAAAGUGAAUCAAUGGACUUCAAAUGUAGUUGAAAGUGUACUGGGAAAUUUGACCAAGCUGGCAAAACCAUAUAAGUACAUUGUUACUUGUACAAUUAUGCAGAAAAAUGGAGCUGGUCUACAUACAGCUAGUUCCUGUUACUGGGAUAACUCUACAGACGGGAGUUGUACUGUUCGUUGGGAAAAUAAGACAAUGUACUGUAUUGUAUCAGUAUUUGGUUUAUCAAUUUAA